AUGCCACCUAAGAAAGGAGUGGGCACUUCUAAAGGGAAGCAGCCUGCAAAGCGGCCUCCCGCUAAGCGGGCCCCCCCCCCUGCAUUGUCCUCAUCGGAUGAUGAGGGUGUUGAUGGGGCUCAGCAGGAGAUUUUGGCCCGCAUAGCGGCAUUGGAGAGCAGUCGGGGAGUUUCCGCUGCUUCUGUUGGGGGUGCAAAGAGGCCUAGGUCCACUAGGGCAUCUUCUCGCGUGGCUUUUCAGACAGAGGUUCUUAAACGUUUGUCUGCUCUUGAAGGUACUGCCAACCAAGGUGGGGAUGAUGCCAGCGGAGCUAUAGAGCCGGGGGAGACAGACCUUCCUGGAGAGUCGGGUACUGACGAUCAAGCUGGAUCACAGGUGGCCCUGCCAGUGGCGGUAGCGGUUGAUAACGCCUUGGGAGAUGGUGCUGUGGCGCAUCGAGGAAGGUGCUCUAUCCUUAUCUGCGGGCACAGCUUCGUCUUUUGGGCCGCCCACCAGGCUAAGAGGACGGCGUUCGGGUCCCAGCUUGGCCUGAGCCAGUGGGCUACGGUGGAGUGGCAGGGCCGUCGAGGCCUGCGUUGGCCUGGUCUGCUUCCACUAUUAUUUGAAGGGAGGUGUGCCCCUCCACCUCAUAUUCUCGUCAUUCACCUGGGGGGGAAUGACUUGGGUUUGGUGAAGGGCAAGGCCCUGUCACUGCAGGCCCAGGCAGACUUGCGGUUGAUAGGCAAGCGCUGGCCUGGUGUCUUAAUCAUUUGGUCCGAUAUUCUACCCAGGAGGGUUUGGCGGGAGGCCUUGGAUGCUAAAGCUAUAGAGGGAGCACGUUAUAAGGCCAAUAAGGCCUUACACAAGGCUUUGGAGAAGGGGUUGGGGGUUUAUUUGCCCCACCCCGGUAUAAGGGCUGCUCUGCCGGACCUCUACCGAGGUGACGGAGUUCAUCUUUCUUUUAAAGGCAACAACAUAUUUUUAGACGACUUGCGGCGGGGAUUGCUGGAGGCGUUACGCCAUAUUUGGGGCGUCGAGGCCUAAGCAGAGGCUUGACCUCGUCGGUGGCAGGUUAGAGUUGGGAUUUGAGAGCGGGCCGGUGAGUACCCUUGGCACAUCCUCAUUGGUGGGGAGUGGGGGUCUGUCAGGAGCGGCUGCGGCCCUACGGCUCAGCUGCGAGGGCAGACUGCCUAGUGGGACCUCCCAGACAAGUCCUUAUCCCAGGCUGUACGGCUUGGGGUGUUUGGAGCUUUAUGGGGGGAACCAUUCGCCUGGCCGGCCGGGCCCAAGCCAUCUCUGUUGGAUGGCUCGCACCCGGGGCAGUGGGUCUCGCCCAGGCAGGUUCAAGGAGAAGGUCCCAUGGUGACCACUGGCUUGACCUGUACCGCUAGUUAGCUCCCCUUGUUGCCGCUGUUGAGGUUAUGUUGUUGCUUUAAUAAAGUAGCCCUUAGUACCCAAAACCUGUGUCUGCCUCUUUCUUCCAACUAGGGUAUCAAGGCAGGCAACCCCCAGCCGCGGCGUAGCCGUUAAGGCUGGGUGCCUAUUUUGAUGCCCUGGAAGGAGAUAGAGCAGAGCUCCCCUUCCAGGACCUGUGGGGUGGGCGGAGCUAGCCUGUUUAGGCGCGCUCCGCCCGUUUCCCCCUCAGUUGGUGCCUCGAGCUCGGCCCACCCUCCGCACCCUAUAACAGGACAGGAUUAGCCGGUCGCCUUCUUUGGGGCCAGG